AUGAUCCUAUUGGGCAUGAACUUUGUCUUCAACCACUACAUCAACAAAACUCUGGACGUCGUCCUCGGCCCCAUCUGCGACUACGUUCUGGCACCCGUGGUCCGGCAAGUAUUUUUCUGGAACGUCUCGGUUCUGUCCAUUGGGGGCGGCGCCAAGGACUUCGUCUUUCAAAAAAAGACGCACUUCCAGAUGUUGACCAAAGUUGGUCCCGUACAGCCGACGUACUUCAACAACUUCUUCAACAGCAUGGCGCAGAAGUACGGCUGGGGAAAAUUAGUAAUGGCGUACUACAGAAACGGACAAAAUUAUAUUCACACAGACUUGUGUCAUUUUGUCGCUGAAUCCAUCUACUUCGCCCGCGAUAAAAAGCACAGCGUCGCAGUCGUUAAACUGGAGGAUAACACAAUAGAUGACACAUUGAUCAAACAAAUGGGUCUGGACACGGCAGGUUAGUUGUGAGCCUCU